AUGGUUGUUGUUGCUAAGCUUAUUGCUCUUCUGCCCUUUGUCGUGGCUAUCUUGGCAGCACCAGCAGGACAGCAUGCAGUACGAGAUGUGAAAAUGCGCACUAUCGGUGAUAUGGACGAGGAUAUGAUGGAGGCCUACAAGCGGGCCACUGGUGAUAUGGAUGAGGAUAUGAUGGAGGUCUACAAGCGGGCCACUGGUGAUAUGGAUGAGUAUAUGAUGGAGGUCUACAAGCGAGCCACUGGUGAUAUGGAUGAGGACAUGAUGGAGGUUUAUUGA